AUGGGAAUCACCUCUUUAAUCCCAAUUCCCCUCAAGCUCUCCACGCUGAGCAGCGAGAGGCUGAACAACACGCGACACGCACGCCUCGAGGUGAUCUUCUUCAAUCGCGGCGCCAAGGUGGGCAGCGAGGCACUGAUGCAGCUCACCCAGACGAUGGCACCCCUCAACAAUAUGACAGUGGUGACCGAGGGACCUUUGGACAUUAAUGCCCGCAUCCGUGCGCCCAGAGACCGAGUGAUUCAGGCGGUUUGGGUCACAGCCCUUGAGCCCGGAACCAUCUACAUCGAACACUGCAAUUGGCUGGACUUUCACAGAUACGAACUGCCCAAGCCCAUCUACAUUAACUUGGUGCGUGAUCCCGUCGAGCGGAUGAUCAGCUGGUUCUACUACAUCCGCAGUGGCUAUCGCAACGCCAUUAUGCACAAUCGUUUCCCCAACACGACCAUGCAGUCGGAGAAGUGGUUCAAGAAGAGCUACAACGAAUGCGUGCGCAGCGGUGAUCCCGAGUGUCAGUAUGUGCCGCAGAGUGUGAAGGAUACGGACGGGAAUUAUAAGCGGCAAUCGCUGUUCUACUGCGGCCACAAUCGCGCUUGUCUGCCCUUUGACUCGCCGCACGCCAUUCAGCUGGCCAAGAGGCAUGUGGAACGGGACUAUGCAGUGGUGGGCAGCUGGGAGGAUACCAAUAUCACACUGGCCGUGCUCGAGGCAUACAUACCAAGAUUCUUUCGGGGCGCCAGACAGGUCUUUGAGUGUAGGUUUUUGGGCCAGCAUUUCGUUUUGCUUGAACACUUUUGGGUUUGCAGUGCACCUCCUGGGGAAUAACUAGUCUAGCU